UUAUUGAACAGCCGGCACUUGGUCGAGGGUCGUGUCGACGCGCGUCACUACGCCGGCGUCGCCAUCCAGUAGGUACACAGCACACUGCAAGACCUGCUAGAUUACCAUGAAGACAAGAUGGACGCAAGAGGCUUCCCAUUCCGCCGUCAUAGCUCUCUCAGCGCCUCGCCGGAAAGAGAUGCUCCUGGCGCCCUGCCUACGGGUACUAGAGCCUCUUACGCCGAGACUUCUUCUUCGCCGAUCGGCUCGCAGAGCGUAGGGCCAACAAAGCCCAAGAACUUUCGCGUGCCUCUCACUUGCUUUUUCUGGUUUCAUGCCCAGCAUUGCCAGAAAUCAGAUGGAAAAUGCAUGUAAGUCAAGCAAGAGAGUAGGGAGAGCUACGAGACUCCGUUCAACACUCCAACUCUCCGAACAGGCUGUGGAAAUGCACAAUCAUUUUCGGGCUCGCAGCAUG